UUUAUUCCUUUUUCUUUUAUUUUGUUUUCUUAAAUGAAAAGAAGAACAAAAUAAAGAGCGAGCUCCCCUCCCAAAUCGCAAAAAAGCGACGAUUCUUCCAUACAAAAUACAAUAACUUCCACUUCGCUUCACACUUCAAACCACCGCGGCAUCUUCAAUUCUUCCCUUUUCCGAACCCUCUGCGGCGAAAUCCUUGAGCCGCCACUGGUACGGUUUGAGAAUAGUUCUUAGCUGAUGGCUGACAAAACAAGAACAAAGCCAGUAAAUGUUUACCUCUACAUUCCAAACAUUAUAGGGUACUUAAGAAUUUUGAUGAAUUGCGUUGCAUUUGCUGUGUGCUUUGCGGACAAAAAGCUAUUUUCGCUUCUCUAUUUUGUUAGCUUUGUCUGUGAUGCUUUGGAUGGUUGGUUUGCCCGAAAAUUCAAUCAAGCUUCAACAUUUGGGGCUGUUUUGGACAUGGUGACAGAUAGGGUUAGCACUGCCUGUCUGCUGGUGAUUCUUUCGCAGGUUUAUAGGCCUGGUCUAGUUUUCUUGUCAUUGCUUGCUCUAGAUAUUUCCAGCCAUUGGUUGCAAAUGUAUAGUACCUUCUUAGUAGGAAAAACAAGUCAUAAAGAUGUAAAAGACAGCAGUAGCUGGCUAUUCAAGCUUUAUUAUGGAAAUAGGAUGUUUAUGGGCUAUUGUUGCGUAUCAUGUGAGGUUCUUUAUAUUACCUUGUUCCUUCUUGCAAGGAACCAAACUGAAAGUCUUAUUGAUGUUCUUGUAAAUGCUGCAACGACAAGUUGGAUUUAUCUGGUCUUACUUGCUCUUCUUCUAUUUGGAUGGGCAAUCAAACAAUUUGUUAAUGUUAUCCAGAUGAAAACUGCGGCUGAUGCUUGUGUGCUGUAUGACAUCAACAAAAAACAGUAAUAGUGAUAUAGACGCAAAACAAGAGGCUUCUGCAAUAAUGCUUUUCGGGAUAGUGCAUUUGGUUUUCUGGAUAGUGCGUUUGGUCAUGCAUUCCCGUCGUUCUUCGGUGUAGCAGCUUCUUUGGUGAUGGCUUGAAUUGGAAAUAGCCUUUUGAUGCAUACGUUCUGUAGAAAUGAACUGAGACUUUUGAUUAACAACUGCUUAUGGCCUAAGGCCUAAUCAUGUAUGCCAUUUCUACCUCGAUUGGUUCUGUGUGCCUAAAGUUGAAUAUGAUUCUAACGGGUUUUGCUGCCAUUUUUUUCCUUCCUUUUUUGCUUAGUUGGAAUGUACAUACUCUUUGGCAAAUCGCAGGGAUUUUAAUGCUUAUUCUCUGAUUGUUUACAAAUA